AUGGUUUCUCUGAGAGGUCUCCUGAAAAUUUCCCUGCGCCAUCCCCGACCCACUGCUUCGGCAUUGAGAGCGUCCGCUGUAGCCCCCGCAUCUGGCUCUCCGUUCAUUAACAAUUCGCAGGGGGCUUCGGCGGCUGUGGCGGAGUUAUCGGAUGCUCUUGGCACUGUUUUUGACCAGAUUGACCUUGAUGGUGAUUUGAAUAGCCAGAUUAAUGGAUUGCUGGAGCGACUCGAUCAAGAGGCUUCCCAGUAUGGGAACUCUCAGUUGAAGGAUGAGCAGUAUUCUGACUGGGAAUGCUCCCCGGAAAAAGCCGAAUUGAUCUCCAUGGCGUGGCACUGUGCCCGAGAAGCUUAUGAAACAUCGUCGGGUCUACCUAAUAACCCUGCUCGAAAUGAGAAAUGGAAACUCGAACCAGGCGAUUGUAUUGUUCCAUCCACUGAUGGGACAAUCAAAGCUGUCUCUUUCAGUCGCGUAUCAUCAGUUGAGAAAGGAACUGACAACAAGGACCUCCCUGUUCUGGUAGUUGCUAUUCGAGGGAGUGCUAGUGCAGUCGACCACAUGGUAAAUGCUAACUAUGAGCCGCGGAAUGCAGACAACUUUAUUGAUAUAUCUCGGCUUGCGCCUGAGAACAGCACCACUCUUGAGGCGCAUUCGGGGUUUCUGAAUAGCGCAAAAGCUCUAGACAAAACCGUGUCACAGAGGAUAAACAUGUAUAUUCGUGAGAAUGCAAGCAACUACAGCCACGUCUUAUUUACUGGUCACUCAGCAGGUGGUGCUGUUGCCUCACUUUUGUUUCUUCGAUAUCUAGCACAGGAAAGCCUCUUCUGA